GUUUUUAGUGUAAAACCAUCAUGGAAUCCUACAGUAUGUAUUUUGUUGGUGUUUGUCAUAUACAUAUGGAACUUGACCAAGGUUAUGCUUACGUACUUUUUAAGUUGCGUUGAGACAUUUUAACAUUGUCUUAUAAUUGAAAUCCAUAAAUCAACAAAAAAAAGAUUCGAUAAAGAAUAUUGAAACAUUGGCUUAAUUGUGAUGGCAGCGCAGAUCUUCAAUAGGAUUGGCCAGUUAGGCUUAGGUGUUGCUGUCAUUGGAGGAGUUGUAAACUCAGCACUAUAUAAUGUCGAUGGUGGACAUAGAGCAGUGAUAUUCGACAGAUUUGCUGGAAUCAAGAAGCAAGUCGUAGGUGAAGGGACACAUUUUUUCAUCCCAUGGAUCCAGCGCCCAAUUAUAUUUGACAUCCGAUCCCGACCGAGGAAUGUGCCUGUGGUCACUGGCAGUAAAGAUCUGCAGAAUGUUAAUAUAACAUUACGCAUCCUGUUUCGUCCAAUCCCAGAUCAGCUACCACGAAUAUACACCAUAUUAGGCGUGGACUACGACGAGCGGGUUCUUCCAUCCAUUACGACAGAAGUGCUGAAAGCUGUGGUUGCACAGUUUGAUGCCGGUGAGCUGAUUACUCAACGAGAAAUCGUCUCGCAGAAAGUCAGUGAAGAUCUGACAGAGAGAGCUUCGCAAUUUGGGGUGAUUUUGGACGAUAUUUCUAUUACCCACUUAACAUUUGGCAAGGAGUUCACCCAAGCUGUGGAACUGAAGCAAGUGGCUCAGCAAGAUGCUGAAAAAGCACGCUUUCUCGUAGAAAAGGCAGAGCAACAGAAGAAAGCGGCCGUCAUCUCGGCAGAAGGAGACGCGCAGGCAGCCAUCCUACUGGCCAAGUCCUUCGGAGAUGCUGGAGAGGGCCUGGUGGAACUGAGGAGGAUCGAAGCAGCAGAAGACAUAGCGUACCAACUGUCGCGUUCCCGACAGGUGUCCUACCUCCCCUCUGGACAGAACAUCCUGCUGAACCUCCCCACGCAGUAGGGUGCUUGGUGUGUUUGUUGGAAUGGUACCAUGCCAUCGCAAGGGUUAGUUCACAACACACUGGCAGUGCUUCGGUCGGGCAAUCCAACCACGUGAACAAACUGUUACAAUGUUUGCCAUGCAUUAGUUUCUGCAGCUGGCGCAAUUGAAUUGUCCUUGUACAAAUAAUAAACACUUUUAUAAUUAAAA